AUGGGACAAGGCGAUGAAGUCAAGACCAGAGCUGAUGCCCAAGUUGAAAUUCAGGAGAGAGGGGAAAUAUUCUUCUUCUACAGGCCAAAAGUUAACAAGGAGGAAGCUCACAGCCCAGAUGAUGUUCAACGUUUGUACAUAGUUUUAAGGCCAGAGUCAGGUGAGAGGCCAAUUGAGGAGAAGCAAGACCCUGAUUCAGGAAAAGAAGGUGCAAAGAAGAAGAGGCCAAAUUCUGGUGAAAAAGGCUCUGGUGGUGGUCAAAGUAGUGAAGGUGGGCAUGGAAGGCAGGAAGUGAACAUUGAGAAGCAACCAUUGCUGAGGUUCAUAGUGAUGGGAAGGAAAAGCCUUCCUGACCCAAGCAAGAAAGGCAGACCCUAUUGGGGUUUUGUUGAGAUGGUCACCACAAAUAUAGAUGAUGUGAAAACUGCUCUUCAAGGAGAGGAGUAUGACACUAAAACCGAAGGGCACAGACACACUUCUGCAGCAAGGGCAUUAGGAGAAGGCAUAUACCGCAUUGUGAGGCAUAAGGAGGGGAAGAAGAAACCCCACACUCAUUUGAUUUACAAGCUUGAGUUCCCACCAGAAGAUGAGAACAAUGAGCCUCAAGAGUCACUUAACAUUAAACAUGAAGGCUCAUUUCAUAUUCAAAUAAAGAACCCGGAUCAACAUGGCAGCAGCAGUACUUCUCAGUUCAGAGGGCUACAGAACAACCGCAGGGCUAUGUUUCCUGCCCACCUGCAAGGCCAGUUUGGGAAUUUAAGGUACUGCCCAGCUGAUCCACCUGAUUUCUUGAACUAUGAAGGAUGUGAGUUCUUGCUCAUAUCGGCUUCGGAUGAUAUAGAAGAGGAAUUAGGGCUGGAGCUGCAGACAGAGGGGGAAGCAGUUGAAUCUUGUUCUGAUUUGAUCAAAACUUUUGGGGAGACUGCAUCUACCAGUUCUCUUCUGAGAGGCACUUGGGUUUGA